AUGUCGUGGCAGUACAUAAGCAGAGGAUUGAUGCGUGAAUAUGCAAAGACGGGAAGGGAUUGGAUAUCAAAAGCCCUGAGUAAAAGAAUGCAAAAGCAGGAUGCCAAAAACGCAGGCAACCAAGCUGAGUUGCGGGAAGGAAAGAAACAUUAUCUGUUUGAUAGCUGGGGUACAUAUGGUGACGGUGCUCGUAAACAACGACAGCUGCAAUGGUUCUGUGGCGCUGCAGGCUAUGAAGCAAUAAUGAUGCGGGGAAGGCUAUAA